ACAUCACCGGACAGUUUUCACCGACGCUCCCAAGUAGCAUCCAUGACAGGUUGACAAUAUUACCGAAUUGAUGUUGGCCUCUCUGUCCAUGAUGAUGUCACAUGGUUUCAAGAGCAGUAAACAGGACUUCACUUUUGGACCAUGGAAAGUGACUGCUGCCAAAAACCACAUCAUGAAAUCGAAAGACAUUGAACGAUUAGCAGAGGAGAUGAACAUGCCCUCUCUUCCAGAGAUGUUGUUUGGGGACAACGUCCUGCGCAUCCAGCACACAGACGGCUACGGCAUUGAAUUCAAUGCUAUCGAUGCCCUUAAGAGAGUCAACAACAUGGAGGAUGCUGUUAAGGUGGCCUGUGCUCAAGAAUGGCAGGAGAGCAGAGCUGAUACUGAGCACUCCAAAGAGGUGUUGAGACCUUAUGACUGGACGUACACCACAGACUACAGAGGCACCUUGAUAGGAGACAGUAUGCAGAUAAAGGUGACGGAGACAACAGAGCGUAUUAACAUGGAGAAGUUGAAGGCUCGGGAACACAUCAUGUUCUUUGAUGAGGUACUGCUGUUUGAAGAUGAGCUGCACGACCACGGCGUCUCCAUGAUCAGCGUCAAAAUUAGGGUGAUGCCCACCAGUUUCUUCUUGUUGCUACGUUUCUUCCUGCGAGUGGACGGAGUGCUGAUUAGAAUAAAUGACACUCGACUGUAUUACGAGGCAAGUUGGUUUACAUCAGUCACAGAAUUUAAAUGUGGUAGAGGUUAAUCCUCAUGUUGUGAAGGUUACUUUAGUAGUCUACAGUCNGUUCCUGCUGCACUUCACACUGAUCCUAAUGACAUCGCCCAGCACCUGACACUGAAGCUGACGGAGUGUGAGAAGCUGGAACUUCCUAUAAUGCCACCUCAGGCAGCUGUUAAUGAAGGCGUUCAGUGACCAGUAUACUAUAAGGUCCACAUUGAUGUGUUGCAUGAUGAUAAACAGAAGUAAUAGUCCUACACCCCAUCCUUAAUCUUACAGUAACAUAAACAUUUGCUACCCCUUCAAAUUUCUGUACAGGAAUAGUUUUUAUAUGUGACCACUGUGAUGAUGUGCUUAGAACUCUGCAGCCUGACUUUUGACAGGUUCAGUGUUUUCGCAGUUCAUUUUGAAGCACUGUAAUAUAAUAGAAAGUUUAGCCUCUGUUUAAUACUUUAUUCUAAUUCUGACUUUGUUCAUCUUUGACCUGAUUUUGUGUUAUGAAACUUAUUUGACUGAUCAGUCUGGUAAAAA